CAGACGACCAGAAGCGGAGCUGCUUGCUGCAAGGACUGUUGCUCCUCCGAGGCACUUUUGGCACAAAGAGGUGCCCUCAAUCGGGAUUGAUUCCUUCAUCCGCCGCUCUUCCUUUUGGGGAGAAGAAGAUGACUCUCAACACCCAGAGAAGAGGAGGAGGAGGAAGAGGAAGAGAUAAUAACAACAUCAUGAGUCCGGUCCAGAGAAGAGCCAGCACCCCUCUGCCUGUUUCCCGGUCGGGGAUGCUGAGUGUCCGUCCAAACCAGGCCGCAUCCGGCCACCCGCAGCUGGGGCACUCCUCCUCUUGCGAACCCCAAGGAUCACGACUCGAACCCCGAGGCAGCUGGUCAUCUGGAUCCUCCGACUCGGAUGGAUCCUGGGCUUCGUUGUACCGAGUGGUGCUUUUGGGCGACUCCGGCGUGGGCAAGACCAGCUUGGUCAACCUGUUUGCUGGCGUUCAAGACAAGGAUGUGCCGGAGCAACAGAUUGAAGAUACCUAUGAGCGCACCUUGUCUGUGGACGGCGAGGAGACCACCUUGAUGGUGAUGGACACCUGGGAGGCUGAGAAGCGGGUCCCAGAGGAGGACAACUGGUUCCACAAUUACUGCAUGCAGGUGGGCAAUGCCUACGUCAUCGUCUACUCCAUAACCGACCGGGGAAGCUUUGAGAGUGCCUCGGAGCUGCGGAUCCAGCUACGGAGGACGCGCCAGGCGGAGAACAUCCCCAUCAUCUUGGUGGGGAACAAGACGGACCUGGUGCGCUGCCGGGAGGUGUCCGUGGAAGAGGGCCGGGCAUGUGCUGUUGUUUUCGACUGCAAGUUCAUCGAGACAUCAGCCACCCUCCAGCACAACGUGACGGAGCUCUUCGAAGGGGUGGUGCGCCAGAUCCGCCUGCGCCGGGACAGCAAGGAGGCCAACGCCCGGCGCAUGUCGCUCUACAAGCGCAAGGAGAGCCUCACCAAGAAGGUGCGGCGCUUCCUGGACCGGUUGGUGGCCCGCAACAACAAGAAGGUGGCCCGCAAGGUUCGCUCCAAGUCCUGCCACGACCUCUCGGUGCUGUGAGCGCUCUGGAGGCCCUUCCUCGCCUCCUCUUCCUCUCAGCCUUCCUCCCUGCCUCUACCUUGGGGUUUGCAAUCUCUCUUCUUUGCUGGUGGCUCUCAGGAGAGGACUGGCUGGUCGAGAAAUGCAAAGGACAAUGGGCAGCCAGGAGAAAGGGGACAGAAAGGGCAAGCAGAAGCCCCAAACCAGCCUUGGAUCAAUGGAGAAGCCACCCAGCACUAUGACUACGAAGGCAGCACAUGACAUGGAUUCUGGCAUUGGCUGCAUAGAUGGCUGGAAACAGUUGUUUUUGUCCUUUUCAUCAUUGGGGUUAAAAAGAGUAGCACAAUAUGGGACAUCAUCUUUCCCAAUUUUCCUCAUCCUAAAACUUUUGGGAUCUGAAACAUCUUCCAAGUCCACUGAGUUUUGCUACAGUACUACACUUAGGCAGAAGACACCUGGUUGACAACAGUUCCAUGUGAAAGGGAACUAGAAGUCUUAGCACAUGAGUCAGCUGUGUGAUGCAGCAGCUUAAAAAGUCAAUGCAAUUCUAAGCAUUGCAUCAAUAAGAGCCUAGAUCAAGCGAAAUCCUAGUCCCCUUCUCUUCUGCUUUGGUCAGAUCUUACUUGGAAGAGUUCUGUGUCCAGUUCUAAGUAAAGCAAUUGAAAAACAAAAAGAUGGACGAGAUGGAAGGCCUCCUGAGGAGGGUGACCAAAAUGGGCAAAAAUCAGAUUGUUUUCUGGUGCUCUAGAGACUGAGAUACAGAGCAAUGGAUUCAAACUGCAGGAUAGAAGAUUCCAUCUAAAAGUUUGGAAGAACAUUUUAAUAAUGAGAGUUGUUUAACUGUGGAAUAUGCUACAUCAGAGUGAAGUCUCCUCCUCUGGAGGUUUUUGAGCAGAGGCUGGAUGGUCAUCUACUAAGAGGACUUUGAUGGCAGAAGGGGGUUGGACUGGAUGUCCCUUGGGGUCUCGUCCAACUCUAGGAUUCUAUGGGUUGAUCAUGAGCCAAAUACUGUUAAGGGCUGAAUGCUGCCCAUUGGCACACUUUUCCCAUUUGGGAAGCCAGGGAUACAGGACUUUGGAGAUGAUGUCCACUUGAGGCUCGAGAAACCAAAGAGGGUGGAGUCUCCUUCUCUGGAGGUUUUUGAGCAUAGGCUGGAUGGUCAUCUACUAAGAGGACUUUGAUGCUAGAAGGGGGUUGAACUGGAUGUCCCUUGGGGUCUCAUCCAACUCUAUGGGCUGAUCAUGAGCCAUAUACUGUUAAGGGCUGAAUGCUGCCCAUUGGCACACUUUCCCCAUUUGGGAAUCCAGGGACGAGGGAUUUGGAGAUGAUGUCCACUUGAGGAUGGAGAAACCAAAGAGGACUGUUGGCGGUUUGAGAGACUCCGCAGAGUCCAGCUUGAAGCCAGCAGAGAGUUUCCAGCUGGGUCUCUCUCUGUGUGUAUAUAUAUAUAUAUAUAUAUGUAAACACAACAUUGGAUGAGCCAUUUUUUCCUCUGCUGCCUUUAAAAAUAAGGAGCCAUCUGCUUGUUUGAUUCCUAUCGGCACUGCUUGUACAUUUGUAAAUAAAGCCGGCGGUAUGACACGGA